AUGUCUGACGCCUCUAAAAAAGAAGAUGAUGAAGGAAAGGCUCAAAUCCGGCACGCACGCCGCGAAGACGUCCCAAUCAUCCUGCAACUAAUCCAAGAGCUCGCCGCCUACGAGAAAGAAUCCGACGCAGUCGAAGCCACCCCAGCUCUCCUCCUCCAAACCAUAGCCUUCGCGCCCCCUCCCCUUCUACCCACCGUGGCCUCCACCUCGUCCAGCCCUCCAGAUGCCACCAUCUCCGCCGCCCGCCCCGCGCGCUGCCUCCUGCUCUUCGCGCCCGACGGUACUCCCGCGGGCAUGGCGUUGUACUUCUACAACUACUCGACGUGGAAGGCGAGGCCGGGCAUCUACCUCGAGGACCUGUUUGUGCGAGAGGAGCACCGCGGCAGGGGCUACGGGCAGCGGCUGCUGGCGGAGCUGGCGAGGGAGGUGGUGGGUAUGGACGGGGGCCGGCUGGAGUGGUGCGUGCUGAAGUGGAAUGCACCCAGCAUUGGCUUCUACGAGAGUGGGCGUGUUGGGGCGCGAGCGAUGAGCGAGUGGCAGACGAUGCGCGUCGAUGGGGAGGCGUUGAUGAGGUUGGCUGAGAGGGCCGGGUGA